AUGGAUUUCCAUAUGUACAGGUUAAGAGUUCGCACUACCAUCACCACCGUGUUCAAUAAACCCAUCUAUCGAAUUCUCAGCGAGAUAAAGAAUGAACCCUUCGUUUGGCGGCCAGCCAAGUUGGGAGUAACACAAAAGGGCUACGACGAGAGGUCCCACUGCACCUUCCAUGAUGAGAAAGGGCACCUAACUGAAAACUGCACACCCCUGAGGCAAUAUCUGGAAGAAUUAGUAGCUGCUAGUCACCUAGACCAGUAUAUUAAAGGAGGAACACAGCCAGCCCCCCAGGACCUCAACGGGCCAAACAGGAUGCCGGUGGACGAACCACCCCAAGGCGUAAUCAAUGUUAUUCAUGGGAUCAUUGAACCUGAGCAGGUAUGUGAACUCAGGGGGAUGAUAAAGAAGGCAGAGCACCUGAAAGAGGUACUAAGUGCACAACCCGCCAUCAAAAAGGGCAAAAUAGAGGCUACAAACGUCAUAUCCUUCUCAGACAAAGACCUAGCAAGGCUACAUUGCCCUCACAAUGACGCACUGGUUGUAACUUUGCGCGUCAAGAACUUCGACAUCAAGCGAAUCCUGAUUGACUAA